GGUCGAUUGAGAGGGGCUUAGGAAAGGAGCACCAUCCAGGCAAAGGGAAGACCUGUACCGUAUGUCUUGGGUAUGGUGCCCCCGCCCCAGGUGUGUGUUGCGACCCUGGUGACGGUAAGCACAAUGGUUGUGGUGGACCUCUACCUCCUGGAGCAGAGCAUGCUGGGGUCUGCAUUGGGGGCGGGGGCGGGGCCGGGGGCAUGGCCAUGCGCAGCCGUGCUCCUGGGCGACCUCUGCUUCCUUCUGGCCCUGCGCUUCAUCUCGGCGGGCGUGGCUUCGGAGGCACGCUCCCCCCGCCGUGGCUUUGCCAGCGCCCUCUGGUUCCUCUUCCUUUCUGUGCUGCAGUUAAAGCUCUUCUUCGUGUGCCAGAACUAUCGACAGGACCGGCGGCCGCCAGACCCACUGGCUCGCAAGACGCUAACGCUGCUGCUGUCCGUUUGCCUGCCGUCGCUCUUCCUGGUCUUGACGGGUGCCGAGCACAUGACCCCACUGCGGCGGAAGCAGGAGCUGCGCAGCCGGCUGCUGUGGGUGGUGGUGGACCUGCUGGACGUGCUGGACCUGCAGGCAGGCCUGUGGGAGGCGCAGGGCAGCCCCGGCGUGCCGCUCUGGGUGGAGGGCCUGGUCUUCUUCUACUGCUAUGUCCUACUGCUGCUGCUGCCCUGUGUCUCGCUGACCGAACUGGGCUCUGCCCCACCGGUGGCGGGGGAGGUGGGGCUCCGCCGGGAGGCUGUGUACCCCUGGCUCAGCCUGGUCGCUGUCAAUGUGCUGACGCUGCUGCUGCGGGCCGCGGGCAUGCUGUGGUACCGAGACCCGCGUGUCUCCACCGUCUUCCUGGGGAAGAACCUGCUGGCCAUGACCAUCCGGCUCAGUUCGGCAUGGGAAUGGCGGCAGCAGGGAGGGGGACGGAGUGGCAGCAGCGGGAGUGGGACCGCUGGCAGGGAGGCAGGGGAGGCGGGUGGGGCCGAGCCCCCUGGGCAGCCAGCCCAUGCAUCAUCUUCCCUGCCACCGUCCCGCUGCCACACCCUCUCACAGGCGCACGCCCACGCCCCCUCCCUUGUCAGCCUGGACCCCAGCGAGACAACCUUGGGGCCGUCCUUCAUUUCGCAUGAGCUCUAGACUCCUCCCCCUUGCCACGGCUCCUCCCAAUCCGGCCUGGCCAAUGACUCACUCAAUUAACAUGUUGUUUGUCUGGAGCCCGAUAUACACACCCUGCAGGACCAUUUUCUAACCUGGAGUGCCCCUUGUGGCGGUACAGUGAAGUGCCUUCCAGCAGGGUGGAGCAGCAGUAUUGCCUUACACCCUCCCAUUGUGUGGGACUUUAGUCCCUUCUCCUGUACUGUGAAGCAUGACCUUAGCCUAACUGCCGCUGUCCACUGCUCCUCUUGCAAUGCGGUGGCGCUCUAAUAAAAUGAUUAAUUUUCACGCGUUCUGUUAUUUCCCCUUAGCCACGGCCUCUCUCAGCCUGGCAACCCGUCUCAAUAGUACAGCACAGCU